GGGCGGGCGGGCUGGCCGGGGACCCGGCCCGGGACCGGCGGCGCGCGGCGGCUGAGGCCCAGCUCCAGAAACGUGCCCUGAGCCUGGGAGGCAUGCUGAAGCCAGGCGGCUGGCAAGAUGAGUGUGAACGAGGCAGGCAGCUCCGGCUGCCAGAGGCAGGCGGCCUAUCACCUGCAUAUCUACCCACAGCUGGCCACCAGCGAGAGUCAGGCCUCGUGCUGUGUGACGGCCACCAAGGACAGCACUACGUCGGACGUCAUUCAGGACGCUGUCACCAGCCUGCGGCUAGAUGGAAGCAAGCGCUAUGUGCUGGUGGAGGUCAAGGAGACAGGCGGGGAGGAGUGGGUGCUGGACGCCAACGACUCGCCUGUACACCGCGUGUUGCUGUGGCCUCGACGGGCACAGGACGAGCACCCGCAGGAAGAUGGUUACUACUUCCUGCUGCAAGAGCGUGACUCAGAUGGGGCCAUCAAGUAUGUACACAUGCAGCUGAUGGCCCAGGCCACAGCUGCCCGGCGCCUGGUGGAGCGCGGCCUCCUGCCCAGGCAGCAGGCGGACUUUGACGACCUGUGCAACCUCCCUGAGCUGACCGAGGCUAACCUCCUGAAGAACCUCAAGCACCGCUUCCUACAGCAGAAGAUCUACACGUAUGCAGGAAGCAUCCUUGUCGCUGUCAACCCUUUCAAGUUCCUCCCCAUCUACAACCCCAAGUACGUGAAGAUGUACGAGAACCAGCAGCUGGGCAAGCUAGAGCCACACGUGUUCGCGCUGGCCGACGUGGCCUACUACGCCAUGCUCCGGAAACGUGUCAACCAGUGCAUUGUAAUCUCGGGUGAGAGCGGCUCAGGCAAGACACAGACCACCAACUUCCUGAUCCACUGCCUCACCGCCCUGAGUCAGAAGGGCUACGCCAGUGGUGUUGAGAGGACCAUCCUGGGCGCCGGCCCCGUGCUAGAGGCUUUUGGGAAUGCCAAAACCGCCCACAACAACAACUCGAGUCGAUUUGGAAAAUUCAUCCAGGUCAACUACCUAGAGAGUGGCAUCGUGAGAGGAGCUGUUGUUGAAAAAUACCUGCUUGAAAAGUCUCGUCUGGUCUCUCAGGAGAAGGAUGAGAGAAACUACCACGUGUUUUAUUAUUUGUUACUUGGCGUCAGCGAGGAAGAGCGACAAGAAUUUCAGCUCAAACAGCCUGAAGAUUAUUUCUACCUCAACCAGCAUAACUUGAAGAUCGAAGACGGAGAAGACCUGAAACAUGACUUUGAAAGACUCAAGCAGGCCAUGGAGAUGGUGGGCUUCCUUCCCGCCACCAAGAAACAGAUUUUUUCUGUGCUCUCGGCCAUCCUGUAUCUGGGCAACGUCACGUACAAGAAGAGAGCCACAGGCCGAGACGAAGGCCUGGAGGUCGGGCCCCCCGAGGUGCUGGACACGCUGUCACAGCUUCUGAAGGUGAAGCGAGAAAUCUUGGUGGAGGUUCUGACCAAAAGAAAAACAGUGACGGCCAACGACAAGCUCAUCCUCCCCUACAGUCUCAGCGAGGCCAUCACUGCCCGAGACUCCAUGGCCAAGUCUCUGUACAGUGCCCUGUUCGACUGGAUUGUGCUGCGCAUUAACCACGCCCUCCUCAAUAAGAAAGACAUGGAAGAGUCUGUCUCGUGCUUGUCCAUCGGGGUCCUUGACAUCUUUGGGUUUGAGGACUUCGAGAGGAACAGUUUCGAACAGUUCUGCAUCAAUUAUGCCAACGAGCAGCUCCAGUAUUACUUCAACCAGCACAUUUUCAAACUAGAGCAGGAGGAGUACCAGAGCGAAGGGAUCUCAUGGCACAACAUUGACUACACAGACAACGUCGGCUGCAUCCACCUGAUCAGCAAGAAGCCCACCGGCCUCUUCUAUCUGCUGGAUGAAGAGAGCAACUUCCCCCACGCCACGAGCCAAACUCUGCUGGCCAAGUUCAAGCAGCAGCACGAAGACAACAGGUACUUCCUCGGCACCCCCAUCAUGGAGCCAGCAUUCAUCAUUCAGCACUUCGCAGGGAAGGUGAAAUAUCAGAUUAAGGACUUCCGGGAGAAGAACAUGGACUACAUGCGGCCAGACAUCGUGGCACUUCUGCGGGGCAGUGAUAGCUCCUACGUGCGGGAGCUCAUCGGCAUGGACCCGGUGGCAGUGUUCCGCUGGGCCAUGCUCCGGGCCGCCAUCCGCGCCAUGGCCGUGCUCCGGGAGGCCGGACGCCUGCGGGCCGAGAGGGCUGAGAAGGCUGCAGAUCUGUGCAGCCCUGGCACCCGAAGUCACCUGGGGGAGUUACAGAGAGGAACCAUCACCCCCUCGGAAAAGCUGUACCGCGAUUUGCAUGACCAAAUCAUCAAGACCAUCAAAGGAUUGCCCUGGCAGGGUGAGGACCCCCGUAGGCUUCUCCAGUCCCUCAGUCGGCUCCAGAAACCCCGCACCUUCAUCCUGAAAAGUAAAGGUACCAAACAAAAGCAGAUCAUUCCAAAGAACCUGCUGGACUCCAAGUCCCUGAAGCUCAUCAUCAGUAUGACCCUGCACGACCGGACCACCAAGUCGCUGCUGCACCUGCACAAGAAGAAGAAGCCCCCGAGCAUCAGCGCCCAGUUCCAGACAUCCCUUAACAAGCUCCUGGAGGCGCUGGGGAAGGCAGAGCCCUUCUUCAUCCGCUGCAUCCGCUCCAACGCUGAGAAGAAAGAGCUGUGCUUUGACGAGGAGCUGGUGCUGCAGCAGCUGCGCUACACGGGCAUGCUGGAGACGGUGCGGAUCCGGAGGUCAGGCUACAGUGCCAAGUACACGUUCCAGGAUUUCACAGAGCAGUUCCAGGUGCUGCUGCCCAAGGACGCCCAGCCCUGCAGGGAGGUCAUCUCUGCCCUGCUGGAGAAGAUGAACGUCGACAAGAGGAGCUACCAGAUCGGAAAGACCAAGGUUUUCCUGAAGGAGACAGAGCGGCAGGCCCUGCAGGAAACACUGCACCGGGAGGUCGUACGGAAGAUCCUGCUCCUGCAGAGCUGGUUCCGGAUGGUGCUGGAACGCCGGCACUUCCUACAGAUGAGGCGGGCGGCCAUUGCCAUUCAGGCCUGCUGGCGGUCCUACCGCGUUCGACGGGCUCUGGAGCGGACACAGGCAGCCAUAUACCUCCAGGCCACGUGGAGGGGCUACCGGCAUCGGGCAGCUUACCGGCGCCAGAGACAGAGCAUCAUCCGCCUGCAGAGCCUCUGCCGGGGGCACCUGCAGCGCAAGAGCUUCCGCCAGAUGGUUGCAGAGAAGCAGAAGGCGGAAGAGGAGAGGAAAGCCCAGCAAGCCUCAAGGGAAGAAACUGCCGAGGGUAGGCCCAGCCAAGAACCACCGGAGGACAGCGAGCAUUCGCCGCGGGAGCCCGAGGUGUGGCUGAGCCACGGGCCCCCUGCGGAGAGCUUCCACCCUGAGGAGAGCCCCAGCCCCGAGAAGGUUCCCUCUUCCCAGAAAAACCCCCCGGAAAGUCAGGAGAAAGUGCCCAGCAGCCGGGAGAAGCGCGAGUCCCGGCGGCAGAGAGGACUGGAGCACGUGGAACUGCAGAACAAGCACAUUCAGUCCUGCAAGGACGGCAGCGCCCUUAGAGAACCUUCCGAAACGGCCUCCCCCGAGCAGGAGGAGCGCCUCCCCCAAGACAGAAAGGAGAGCGGGCAGGAUGAAGCCCUCGCAGACACAGGGGCGGAGGCCGAGGGCCCUGCUCCUGAAAAUCAGCCCGGGGGGCCUCCUCCAGCCUUGCCAGCCUGCCCUGUGCCCGGGGAAAGCCCGCAGGCACCUCAGGACUGCAUGGAACGGCCCACCAGCCUGGCUCUGGACAGCAGGGUCGAUGCACCGGCCCCCGUCACCACCCCCGAGAAGCCUCGGGACAAGAGCAAGCCGAGUGGUGGCGCAAGGGCUCAGGACAGGCCUGUGAGCCCCGGAGGCUCCACCCAGAUCCAGCGGUACCGGGAACCGGUCUCCGAGCGGCUGGCCAGUGCCGUGGAGGUGUGGCGAGGCAAGAACUUGACGGCUACCGGUCCCAGUGCUGUGCUGAGCCAGUCCCUGGACCUUAGCGAGCGGCACCGGGCCACGGGGACCUCCCUCACAGCCACAGAGGAGAGGCGCAUUUCAUUAUCCACCAGUGAUGUCUCCAAGCUUCUCCCGGCCCAGGCCAAGACUCAGCCUCUGUCGGAAAGCGUGGAUGGCGAGCCCAGCACGAAGAAGGCAGCCGUGCAGAAGAAGAAGUCGGUCGAUGCAUCUACCAGCACUGACUCAGGGCUGUCCCCGGGUGCCCAGGCUGACUCUAAGUCCACAUUUAAGAGACUUUUCCUGCAUAAGAACAAGGAUAAAAAGUACAGCCUGGAGGGCACGGAGGAGACAGAGAGCUCGGUCCCCGGGCACAUCGUGCUGGAAGCCGUCACCAUGAAGAAGAAUCUAGAAGCCCCAUCGGGCCACCAGCACCGCCACGCCACGGGCGAGAAGCACACCAAGGAGACAGGAGGCAAAGGGAAGAAAAACCGAAACCUCAAGAUAGGCAGAAUCACGGUGUCAGAGAAGUGGCGGGAGUCGGUGUUCCGCCAGAUCACCAAUGCCAACGAGCUCAAGUACCUGGAUGAGUUCCUGCUCAACAAGAUAAAUGACCUGCGUUCCCAGAAGACACCCAUCGAGAGCUUGUUCAUCGAGGCCACAGAGAAGUUCAGGAGCAACCUCAAGACCAUGUACUCAGUCCCUAACGGGAAGAUCCACGUCGGCUAUAAGGACCUGAUGGAGAACUACCAGAUUGUUGUGAGCAACCUGGCGGCCGAGCGUGGCGAGAAGGACCCCAACCUAGUCCUCAACCUCUUCCAGUCCCUGCUGGAUGAGUUCACCCGUGGGCACUCCAAGAAUGAUUUCGAGCUGCCCAAGCAAAGCAAAGCUCAGAAGAAGAAGCGGAAGCAGGAACGCGCUGUCCAGCAGCACAAUGGGCACGUGUUCGCCAGCUACCAGGUGAGCAUCCCGCAGUCGUGCGAGCAGUGCCUCUCCUACAUCUGGCUCAUGGACAAGGCCCUGAUCUGCAGCGUGUGCAAGAUGACCUGCCACAAGAAGUGCAUGCACAAGAUUCAGACCUACUGCUCCUAUCCAUGUGGGAGGAAGAGCGAGCCGGGUACCGAGCCGGGCCACUUUGGCGUGUGCGUGGACAGCUUAACCAGUGACAAGGCUUCAGUGCCCAUCGUACUGGAGAAGCUUCUGGAACACGUGGAGAUGCACGGCCUAUACACCGAGGGCCUCUACCGCAAGUCAGGCGCCGCCAACCGCACGCGGGAGCUCCGGCAAGCGCUGCAGACAGACCCCUCGACAGUCAAGCUGGAUAACUUCCCCAUCCACGCCAUCACCGGGGUGCUCAAGCAGUGGCUGAGGGAGCUGCCCGAACCCCUCAUGACCUUCGCCCAGUAUGGCGACUUCCUCCGAGCUGUGGAGCUGCCAGAGAAGCAGGAGCAACUGGCCGCCAUCUAUGCCGUCCUGGAGCACCUGCCGGAAGCCAAUCACAACUCUUUGGAGCGGCUCAUCUUCCACCUGGUCAAGGUGGCCCUGCUCGAGGACGUGAACCGCAUGUCACCCGGUGCACUGGCCAUCAUCUUCGCACCCUGCCUCCUGCGCUGCCCUGACAACUCAGACCCGUUGACCAGCAUGAAGGACGUCCUUAAGAUCACCACGUGCGUAGAGAUGCUGAUCAAGGAACAGAUGAGGAAGUACAAGGUGAAGAUGGAGGAGAUCAGCCAGCUGGAGGCCGCCGAGAGCAUUGCCUUCCGCAGGCUCUCGCUCCUGCGACAGAACACUCCAUGGCCUCUCAAAUUGGGGUUUUCGUCUCCCUAUGAGGGGGUCCUGAACAAGAGCCCCACGGCCCGGGGAAGCAGCAGCGGCCCAGAGGAGCUGGGGGUGCUGCCCGAGGAGGAGGCAGCCGGCCACGACGAGGACGAGGACCGGGAGAAGGAGAUCCUCAUCGAGCGGAUCCAGUCCAUCAAGGAGGAGAAGGAGGAUAUCACCUACCGGCUGCCAGAGCUGGACCCUCGGGGCUCUGACGAGGAGAACCUGGACUCGGAGACUUCGGCCAGCACCGAGAGUCUGUUGGAAGAGCGGGCCGGGCGGGGGACCUCGGAAGGACCCCCCGCACCUGCUCUCCCCUGCCCCAGUGCACCUGCCCCGAGCCCCCUCCCCGAGGUGGCCGCCCCUCCAAGACGAAAGCCGUCGUCCUUCAUGACGGUCAGAGUGAAGACCCCCCGGCGGACCCCCAUCAUGCCCACGGCCAACAUCAAGCUCCCCCCUGGCCUGCCCUCCUACCUCCCUGGUCAGGCACCAGGUGCCCAGGAGGCUGCCACGCUAGUGAGACGCCGAGAGACCCCUGCCCGACGCCCGGACCAGGUACACUCUGUGUAUAUCACACCGGGUGCACACCUGCCUGUGCAGGGCACUCAGGAGCCCCUGGACAAGGAUGACCAGCCACCUGGGGCCAAACGGAGGUACUCAGACCCCCCGACCUACUGCCUGCCCCCCACCUCAGGCCAGGCCAAUGGCUGAGGGCCCGAACAUCUGAGGACAGCCGAGUGCCGGAGCUCCAGCAUUCGGCUCUCCGAGAAGGAUCUGGAAUGAAAAGCUCCAAGAGCAAUGUGAGGUGGGCACUGGCUCCAACUGCAGAGUCCAGCAGGGACAGGCCGGCUGGCUGGCCAGGGCUGAGCCCCAAUUUCACACAGUGCCGCCGAGAGCCCCAAAUCCUGGCAGGCAGCCUGGCCUCUCCCACCCGUUUUGUAUGGUUUUACAGUUAACUGUUACUUUGUGCCUGGUUUACAUAACUUUAAACUGUAACAGCCUUAACAGAAGACCAAACUGUUUUUUAUAAGUGUAUGUACAGACUUUUAUAUUAACGCCCUGCCUCGCCUUUAUAACCUGGACACGGACUUCAGAGCAAAACCCACAUGGCCGCCUCACCUUGAAGACUCAGGCCCACAGUGAGGACGGCUUGGACCAGGGGUUUGGACCAUUGGGACACCUGACUGUCCCCAGUCUGUCUGGGUCUCAUCGUCGGGCCUGGCCAGCAGCCAUCGGCCCCCGUGCAUUCAGAGACGCAAUGGAGCCUUCCAUGGUGAUCCAGGCUGUUGACUGGAGUGAGGACAUGAGGUGGGGGGCAGCCUUCACCUGGGGUACCACAGACCUCAUAUCCAGGGUGACUCAAAUGUGGUCAUCACUCUGUCCACUGUUCCCUGAGUGGAGCAGGCCACCCUUGGCACUGCCUGUCCCAUGUGGCAGAACAGGAACUCAGGACUGCUCAAGGGUGAGGAGGGCAAGGCCUGAGUUUGCACAUCCCUGGGAACAGCCUGGGGACCUCCAGAGCGGGGCUCCCGUCUCUCAGGCUCCUCUCCUGGACACCUGGACAGAUGGCCCUGGGUCUGGGACUAGAGGUGUCCUACAAACCAUGUGAAAUAAAGAAACGGUGACUGAG